AUGGUUUCUGGUCGAUGGAAUCUGGAAAUCAACGCAAGUUCAUUCACUUCAGAUUCCAACUUAGCAUGUUUAAUUGGUCUUGAACCAGGAAAAGAAAGGGUGAUCUUCUACGGACUGGUGGAAUCUGAUUUGGAGCAUGUUUCUCAUGUGAGAAUGGGUGUGAUGAGUACUGGGAAGGGAGUGGGAAUGGGAGAAGGGUAUUUGCAAGUGACGAAGACAGACCACAUUGGGUUGCAGAGCCUGGCAUUGACAGAAAAGCCUCUGAUUUCAUUGCUAAAUACUAUGCCUCCACACUCACUGACUCUCACACCAAAUUUGCAUCUUGAAAGAAUCAUGCAGUUAUCAUAA